AAAAAUUAUUCUGAAAGUAACGGAUAUAAAACUUAAAAUAUUUAAAUCCUACAAUAUUUCGGGGAAUUUAGUUAUCUACUGUCGUACGAAUUGUCAAAUCGUAUCGAUUUAGCCGUCAUCUAGCAGCUGUUAAAAAAACUUCACAAGUUACAAUCAAGUAACAAUAAUUUUCUAAAAAAUAGUUUAAUAUAUUAAUACUUUUAACAUAUAAGAAAAACAAUGGAAAUGGCUAAGUUACGAAUUUUGUCAAGAAAUUUACAAAUAUCAGUUCUAUCCGCGAAAUUCCAACGGAGUUUUAGUAAGAUUGACGCAGUCAAAUUAAAACCAGAAGAAGUGCUCUGCGAAAAAAAUCGGAAAUCUUGCAUCAACAAAUUCAAACUUUUUAAGACGACGUACAAAUACAAAAAUAAUGUGAAUCAAGCGGCAGUACUUAUACCAAUCUGCAUGUAUAAAGGCGAAAUUGGAAUUCUUUACACUUUGAGAUCUUCAAAAUUGAAUUCAAAUCGAGGACAAGUCUCUUUCCCAGGUGGAAUGUACGAUAAAACUGAUCGUGACCUAGAAGAAACUGCGUUAAGAGAAACUUGGGAAGAAUUAAAAAUACCUAGAAAAAAGAUUGACAUAUGGACUUGUGGCAAUUUAAUCAAUGGAAAAAAUAUAAACAUAAUGCCGGUAUUAGGUUACAUAGGUGAAAUAGAUCCGGAAAAACUAGAAAGGAAUCCUGAUGAAGUCGAAGAAGCUUUCAUUAUAUAUCUAAAUGAUUUUUGCAAUCCAUCCUUAUGUCGUUUUACACAAUUUCGCGAUAGCUACACAUUGCCUGCUUAUCUUGGUGGUAAACAUCGUGUUUGGGGUCUUACCGCUGCUAUUACUCAUAUAGCUUUAUCUGCUUUGUUACCCGAAGUGUAUAAACAUAAGCUUGUUCAUUUAAAAUCUAUAGUUUCAUCAAAGACGAAAACAAAUAAGAAUAGUACAAUUGUGACCGGUCAAAAUAAUUGAUAAUCGAUACAAAUAUUUAGGGUACAAUAUAAUAGCUCUAAAAAAUUGUCUUUUUAACAAAUGUUAUAUAGAAAUGUAGUAUAUAUAUUUAUCAUUAUAUAUAUUUUUCGCAUACAUAUAUAUAUAUAUAUAUAUAUAUAUUUAUAUAUACAUGUUUAAAUUAUUAAAUCAUCUGCUCUAAUAUUUCAAUGAUUUUCUUUGUAAAUAAAUUUAUUCGAGAAAGUAUAUAUUUUAUAAGUAUACGCUCUAUUAUAAAUUUUCAUUAUUUGGCAACUUUUCCAUCGAUUUCAAAAAUGAUAGUAACUCGUGUAUAUGUAUUUAUUUAUGAAAUUCGUAACAAAUACAUUAAAAAUAUAAAUAUACAUACACACGCGUGUAGUAUGGUGAAUAUAUUACAGGUGUGAAAGGAGUUGGUUUCACUCGGUAUUUACGUGUGAAUGUAUAUUUAAUAGAAUAGAAAGAGAAAUAGAGAUGAAUUGAGUGGGGAAAACAGAAAGAGAAAGAGAAAAAGAGAGAGAGAGAGAAAGAGAGAGAGAGAGAGGGAUAGAGAGAGAGAGUUAGGAAGAAAAGAAGAGAGGUAAAUAAUGGUAUGGUGAACUCGAUGUUCCCUCACGAAAGACAGUCGCAAAAUCGCAUGCGCGGCAGUUACACAUGCAUAUACUUUAGAAUUUAAUGGUAAGAGUAAAGUGAGAAUUGAUAUCUA